UAACUCCCAUAUACAUUUUUAUAGGUGACACUUUAAUGGUGAGUAUUAUUAACAAUCUGUUUCAGUGAAGUAAUUAAUCAAUAAGUAUUAAUUUUAACAAAGCGAUAAUACGAAUAAAACAUAUUCCAUACAUUAUCUUAUCUCCUUCGCGAAAAAAAAAUUAUCGAAUCCUACUAAUUUAAUUUACAUCGUUCGAUUUCAUUUCUAUCAUGUAUGUACACUUGUACUUUCGUAUUAUUCAUCGUUCAAAAUAAGAUAAUCGCGAAACUCGACUCAAAAUCUACUUGUAUAACUAAAAUAACAUGUAUGAUAAGGAAGUAUCGUAAACGAUCGUAAGCUUCUAUAGGAAGGCUGAAUUUUCCCUCCAAAGUUACUUCUUCUAACAGGAUAGCACGCGAGUAAAGAAGGUUCCAAGUCCCAAUAAAUGGCGCUUCCGUAGUAAUGAUGAAUUGGCUGUCAAAAUUCAUCGUGAUUAUUAGGGUAGCAUGAUAUUGAAAGAGGUCAGUAUGCAACGCUAGUACGGUUUUGAAAACCGCGCCAAAUUCUGCUCCGGCUAGUGGAAUAACAUGAUAGGCGAGGAGGUAUCGCUCCAACAGGUGGCACUAUAUCACUAUCUUGAAAACCGCGCCAAAUUCUGCCCCUAGUAUCAGGAUAACAAAAUGGCCGCGGAGGUAUCUCUAACUCGCGCUCGAAAUUUAAAGUUAAACCCUGCCAUCGUCUUAGUCGUUCAUCCGAUGAAAGGAGAGGAUCAUCUUCGAUUUUCUUAUUAGCAUCGCCAGCUUUCAGUCGACGUCUGUGUUUCAACCUGAUGGAUCGAUGGAAGACACAUAAUAAAUGACCAUCUUUUUCUCGUUAUAAACUUUGACAUUAUUUUCUAAUAAAUAAAAUAGUCAAAAUGCGGACAAUGAUUAGCUACUUUCUUUUGCUAACAAUUUCGUUCGCUAUCGUCCUAUGCUCGUCGAAGAGCGAAGAAAACUGUGACUCGCGUCAGGUGAGCUCAAACACGACUGCCGUGUGCGAUUUCAAAGAACACGAACACCGUCUCGUUUGUUUUCACGGUCUUGAGGAUAAAUGGAAGUUCAGAGGCGAGAACGUGCGCACGCUGUUGCUUUGCGAUUGGCCCGAACAAACGUUUGAUCCUCAGGACGCUCUUCGAGGAUUUUCUUCAUUGAAGAAACUCGUGAUUGCUAGAGGCAACCUGACCAAGCUGACGUCUGCUUUCCCCCGAGAGAUCGGACUGUUAGAAAAACUGAAUAUAACCGGGACCAAGCUGCAGCAACUUCCGGAUAACGCAUUCAACGAUCUCUCACACUUGAAGACUCUUGAUUUUAGAAACAAUAGUAUCGCGGAGAUCAACGUUACAACUUUCAAUAUUCCUUCGUUGCACCAUAUUCAUCUUUCAGGUAAUCCGUUGAAAUGUACCGAGGACACGAAGUGGAUAUUAGACCAAGAGAAAGGUUCCUUAGGUCGCAAAAUCUCGGACAAAAGCAGUCUACGAUGCACCACGCCGUACGAGGGCAGAUCGCUCGUUCCAGUCAUAGAAAUAAUUAAAACGCUGAAGGAGGAGUGCAGAAAGACGGUGUGCGAGUGUGAAUUAGUAUACUUUGUUGGUCACGGAGGAAAGCAUAUUCAGAGACAGCUGACGGCCUUUGCUUCUGUAAAUUGCAGUCAUCGUGAACUGACGGAGAUGCCUAGCUUCCUGCCGGCGAACACGACCACUCUUCGUUUAUCUGGAAACAAGAUAAAGGAUCUGAGACCACUUACGACGAAUCCUGCGUAUAGAGGAGUAAUAGAUCUGUAUAUAGACGACAAUCUGAUCGAAUCCAUCGUCCAGUUGGAAGGAUCUAGUUGGGUGGAUCGUUUCAGAUUGCUCAGUCUUCGUGGGAACAAGCUGACCGAUUUGCCUACGUACGCUUUGCAAAACGUGUUGCAACAUAAUGGAAACGCGGUCAGCCUGUACCUGGGGAAUAAUCCGUGGAGGUGUGACUGUCUUUUCACACCUGGUUUCCAGGAUCUGUUGAUGAAAUACACGACCCUGGUGAAAGACAUCAACGAUGUCAAGUGUGCCCGUAUUAACGGGGAGGACAAUUCCGGGAAAAUUAUACGGGACCUAAAGCGCACGGAGAUCUGUGUAUCACCGGACGAAGAAUAUUUACUGCAUCCUCUGGACGUUCUAAACAUUAUACUAGCGUUGCUGAUAUUUUUCAUCAUUGUCAAAGUGCUCUACGACUACUGGUCCUUCAGGAAAACUGGCAAACUGCCCUGGAUCGUCGCCAAAAUACCCUAGACGAACUUCUAUACCUGCUGGAAAGUAAUCCGUGAAUAUUGAAACGGAGUUUAAACAGUGAUUGAACUGAAAAUCUAUUUGUUUGCUCAUUUUAAAUGAUAUUUCUGAAGAUCUGAGUGAAAAUUUUUUUGUAAUUCUAUAGUUAGGGAGAGUUCCUAUGAAAUAAAGCGUUAGGAAUGUCUACCUUCAA